AUUUUCUUCAUUACAAAAACUCCCACAAAGUGAAAAAAUGAAUCUUGAUUCAAGAAAAAGUAAACCAAGACUACAAAAAGCAUCAUCCAAAGUAUCAUCAUCAGAGAGGUGUAAUUUACAAAGAGCACCUUCUUUACCUGUUUUUGUAGACUAUAAAGAAGAACCCCGUGAUGAAGAAAGUGAUUUUUCUAUGGGAAAAUUGAUUAGGCAAGCAUCUAUAACAUCAAUAACAACAACAACAAAGAGUAAAGUUAUUCAAGAAAGUGAACAAGUUCAUAAUGAGGAAAGUGAGUUCUCUAUGGGAAAAUUGAUUAGGCAAGCAUCUAUAAACUACGUAAAAGUUUUACCUCAGAAGAAUACAAUUAUUGUUACCAAAAGUAUCACAGGGAAAUCUACAGAGGGCACUUUUUUUCCCAAUUUUUGCAAAAGGGAAAGUAAUUCAUGAUGAAAAAAUGAGUUUUCUAUGGGGAAGUUGAUAAGGCAAGCUUCUUUAAACCAUGCAAAAGUCCUACCUCCUAAACAUAAUCCAAAGGUACUUUUAUAUGUCAACUUCCUAUUUAAAAUUGCUUACUUCUUGGACCUAAUUGUUUCCUAGUAGCUUUUAGACUUAAGAGAUAACAGUUGAAGCGUGUUAACAUCUCGUUUAAAAGUUAAACUGUUAGAGGUCGUACUUUUAUUUUACUUAGUUAUAUCUUUCUCAACAUCAAUUGAACUUGAAUUUGAAUAUACAUGUGAAAGAAGACGCUAAGUUUCAAUCAAAUCCAUAACCAUAAUAAUCUUAAAAGUAAACUAAGUAGUGCUAAGAACGUUAAAAAUCAAACUCAUGAAGUUCACAUUCUAAAUCGUCUUUGAUUUUUGUUUCAUGAUAUGCCAUCAACCAAACCACUUUAAUUUUUGUAAUGUAGCAGGGUCUCAAAAGUACAUUCAUUAGUGCUAGGAAUGUUAAAGGUUGAACUGAUGACGUUCAAAUUUUGAUACCAAAUAGAAAUCUAUUUUAGGCAUCACAGGAUAAUUUAAAGACAACAUCUUUCAUAUAUCAAAUCAUGAUUUUCAGGUUACUGUACUAAGAGUAGCAGCAAAAUUUCUCACAAAAUUGAUAUUUUUCAAUACCACAUAGGAAUCUUAUUUAGGCAUCACAUUAGAGUUUAAAGACAAUACAUUUCAGCUCCACAUAUCAAUAGCUUUACAAGUUACUGCUAGGCAAGCAGCUAUAACAACAAUAACAACAAAGAGUAAAGUUUUUCAAGAAAGUGAACAAGUUCAUGAUGAGGAAAGGGAGUUUUCUAGGGGAAAGUUAAUUAGGCAAGCAUCUAUUUAUAAAGUAAAAGUUUCACCUCAGAAGAAUACUUUACAAUUAUUGUUACCAAAAGUAUCACAGGGCAAUCUACAGAGGGCACCUUCUUUCCCAGUUUUUGCAAAAGGGCAAGUAAUUCAUGAUGAGGAAAAUGAGUUUUCUAUGGGGAAGUUGAUUAGGCAAGCUUCUUAAACCAUGCAAAAGUUCUGCCGCCUAAACAUACUUCAAAGGUACUUUCAUAUACCAACUUCCUGUUUAAAAUUGUUUACUUCUUGGACAUAAUUGUUUCCUAGUAGCUUUUAGACUUAAGAGAUAAUGGUUGAAGUGUGUGAACAUCUCGUUUAAAAGUUAAACUGUUAGAGAUUGCGCUUUGAUUUUACUUAGUUAUAUCUUUAUCAACAAAAACUGAACUUGAAUUCGAAUAAACAUUUGAAAGAAGACGCUAAGUUUCAAUGAAAUCCAUAACCAUAAUAAUCUUAAAAGUAAACUAAGUAGUGCUAGGAACGUUAAAAAUUAAACUCAUAAAGUUCACAUUCUAAAUCGUCUUUGGUUUUUGUUUCAUGAUAUGCCAUCAACUAAACCACUUUAUUUUUUUGGUAUGUAGCAGGGUCUCAAAAGUACAUUCAUUAGUGCUAGGAAUGUUAAAGGUUGAACUGAUGACGUUCAAAUUCUG